CGGGGGCUCGGGGGCUCGGGGGCUGGCGAGCGGCGGGGCGGGGGCCAUGGACUGGCUGCACGACCUGGGCGUCCGCGCCGCCCGCUACCUGCAGGAGACCUUCCCGGGGGCCGAGGGCUGGUUCCUGCUGGUGUCCGCCCUGGCCGAUCUGCGCAACGUCUUCUUCGUGCUCUUCCCCGCCUGGUUCUACCUGCGCCGGCCCGUGGCCGUGCGCCUCGUCUGGGUGGCCGUCGUCGGGGACUGGCUUAACUUGGUCUUCAAGUGGAUUCUCUUUGGGCAACGGCCCUAUUGGUGGGUGCAAGACAGCGGUUACUACAACAACGCGACCAUCCCGCAAAUCCGCCAGUUCCCAGUCACCUGCGAGACUGGCCCAGGUAGCCCCUCGGGCCACGCCAUGGGCGCAGCCGGUGUGUACUACGUGAUGGUGACGGCGCUGCUGACCAUCGCCCGGGGCAAAAAGAAGCCAAAGUUAGGCUACCGCUGCCUACAGGUGCUGCUCUGGUCCGCCUUCUGGGGUCUUCAGGUGAACGUCUGCCUGUCCCGCAUCUAUCUGGCUGCACACUUCCCACACCAGGUCGUGGCCGGCGUCUUCGCAGGCAUUGCCGUGGCCGAGGCUUCCCGCCACACCCCGGGCAUCUUCACGGCCAGCCUGCAGCGCUACCUGGCAGUGACCCUGCUGCUGUUCAGCGUGGCCAUUGGCCUCUACCUGGCACUGCGGGUCCUGGGGGUGGACCUGCUCUGGACCCUGGAGAAGGCCCAGCGCUGGUGCCAGCGGCCCGAGUGGGUGCACAUCGACACGACGCCUUUCGCCAGCCUCCUCAAGAACUUGGGCUCCCUGCUGGGGCUGGGGCUGGCCCUGCACUGGCCCCUGCCCCGCAUGCCCGUCUGGCCCCUGCCCAUCCGCCUGGCCUGUGUGGCCAUCUCGCUGGCCCUCUUGCACCUCUUCGACCUCUUGCGACCCCCGAGCAAGCCUGAACUGCUCUUCUACGCGCUGUCCUUCUGUAAGAGCGCGGCCGUGCUGCUGACCACCGCCGUCUGGGUCCCCUACGGGGUCCACCGCCUCCUGGACUGGCACAAGAGGAAGGCGCCGUAGGGGCCCGGAUGGGCUGAGGGGGCCCUAGCCCGCACAGGCUGCUGGGUUUGGGGGGGUCGUUGGAGGGUAGUUGAGCCCUCAGCCCAGCCAGGCCAGGGUGUGCAGCAGUUUGGCCCAGUGCACCGGGGAUGUCCCGAGUUGGUCAGGGAGGCGGACCGGUCCCUGUCCAUCUGCCCACCCCACUGCCCUCCCACCCCAUCACAGCCCAGCCUGGCCAGGCCUCUUUCCCUCUGUUGUCUGCCCUUAUUUCUGGGGUUAUGCCCCGCUGACCUUUGAUUUGUGGCUAGGAGGACCUAAGACCCAACCCCGCUCCCCCUCCCUCCAGUUCUCUUCAGAAGCAGCUGGACAAUUGAGCCAGGGUGACCAGGAAUGUCUUGCUUUGGCCCCCAGGCUCUGCCAGACACUUUGUAGGCUGGGGCCGCGUUAGGGCUGGACCAGGCUGCUCUAAAUAAGGCAAAUGUGUUUGUGCAUGUGUGCGUGUGUGCUUAUGUAUAUGUGCCUGUGUCUGUAUACGUGUAUCCCUGGGGAUGGGGGUAUUAUCUGUAGGUAUGACCUCUGUGUGUAUCCUGUGUACUUUGUUAAAAUGUUAAAUUCUUUUCUGUACAAUCA